GAAGCUUCAUUCAAUGCCAUGCCAUAUUCUUAAACCUUACAAAGUACUUCUUCUACUCCUUCAGUCUGGUUUGGCAAGCUGAAAGCUUGUAGUGAAUAACAAUGGUAGGAGAACUCAGAGUGUUGACUGCACUUGAUGUGGCGAAGACACAAUGGUACCACUUCACAGCAAUUGUGAUAGCAGGAAUGGGUUUCUUCACUGAUGCCUAUGACCUCUUCUGCAUUUCCCUGGUUACUAAGCUGUUAGGGAGACUGUACUACACAGAACCAGGUGCACCAAAGCCAGGAACUCUUCCUCCAAGAGUUCAAGCUUCUGUCACUGGUGUUGCUCUCUGUGGCACCUUGGCUGGUCAACUAUUCUUUGGUUGGCUCGGUGACAAAUUGGGGAGAAAAAGGGUCUACGGUCUCACUCUUGUGCUCAUGGUGGUGUGCUCCCUUGCCUCAGGACUCUCCUUUGGCUCCACUCCAAAGGGUGUCUUGGCCACACUUUGCUUCUUCAGGUUCUGGCUAGGGUUUGGGAUUGGUGGUGACUACCCUCUUUCUGCCACAAUCAUGUCUGAAUACGCCAACAAAAAGACUCGUGGGGCAUUCAUUGCAGCAGUGUUUGCCAUGCAAGGAUUUGGAAUCUUGGCUGGUGGAGUAGUCGCCUUGAUUGUUUCAUAUGCGUAUGACCAAAAGUACAACCUUCCCACAUACGAACAAAAUCCAGAAGCCUCCAUUGUGCCGUCAUUUGACUAUGUUUGGAGAAUCAUUUUGAUGUUUGGUGCAAUUCCGGCAGUACUCACCUACUACUGGCGCAUGAAAAUGCCUGAGACUGCACGUUACACAGCCCUCGUGGCCAAGAAUGCAAAACAAGCUGCUUCAGACAUGUCUAAGGUGUUGCAAGUGGAACUUGAAGCUGAAGAGGAGAAGGUGCAGAAACUGACACAGGAAAAGAGCCACAGGUAUGGUUUGUUCAGCAAGGAAUUUCUCAGACGCCAUGGCUUGCAUUUGGUUGGAACCACCACCACUUGGUUCUUGUUGGACAUAGCAUUCUACAGCCAGAACCUUUUCCAAAAAGACAUCUUCAGUGCAAUUGGGUGGAUCCCUCCAGCACAGACAAUGAAUGCAAUUCAUGAGGUAUACAAGAUUUCAAGAGCACAAACACUGAUAGCAUUGUGCAGCACUGUGCCAGGUUACUGGUUCACAGUGUUUCUGAUUGAUUACAUGGGCCGUUUUGCCAUCCAAUUGAUGGGGUUCUUCUUCAUGACAGUAUUCAUGUUUGCUUUGGCUAUACCAUAUGAUCAUUGGACUAAGAAAGCAAACAGAAUAGGGUUUGUGGUGAUAUACUCCCUCACCUUUUUCUUUGCCAACUUUGGUCCAAAUGCCACCACAUUUGUUGUGCCAGCAGAGAUCUUCCCAGCAAGGCUUAGGUCAACCUGUCAUGGAAUCUCUGCUGCUGCAGGAAAGGCUGGUGCAAUUGUGGGAGCAUUUGGGUUCCUAUAUGCUGCACAAAGCAAGGACCCUAAAAAGACUGAUGCAGGCUACCCUACAGGAAUUGGGAUUAAGAACUCCCUCAUUGUGCUUGGGGUUAUCAACUUCUUUGGAAUGUUGUUCACCUUGCUGGUUCCUGAAUCAAAGGGUAAGUCACUGGAGGAGUUGAGUGGGGAGAAUGAUCGAAGUGCUGAUGCUGAGCCUGAAGUUUCUGCUGCGACAAGUCGUGUUUGAUUGAACUCUGAUCUAAGUUUGUGUAUUCAAAUUAAUGUGUUAUUUUGUACAUUUUAAUACUUGGUUAUGGUUGUGAGAUAUGUUUGCACAUGAUUCAUUAUGUCGUGGAUGUGCUAGUUUGUAUGUUUUUGUUUGUCUAAGAUUGAUACAUGGUAAUUGUAGUUUUCCUUUUUGGAUAAAAAUAACAGCAAUAAAC